UCUCUCUCACCCGUUUGUCAUCUACCGGUAAUAGCCUGGUAACAACACUGGGCAAACUGAUCGGAGAGAACCCGUGAUGCAAUCCCUGCAAUCUAUUCCACCUGCCACCAACGAUCGACAACCGUCGAAUCACAAGCCACUACCAGAAUCCAGCAGUCGAAUCUCAUCCCCACUUGCGGAGAGCUCUGAGACUCUGCUCCCUUUGUCUCGUCCAAAAUUCUUUUUUCCCUUCCAAAACUGUUGUCAAAAAUCGUUUCCCAACAGCUACGAUCAACAAGUAAACCUCCCCAGGAGUUCCUCAGUCACUCCCGCACCCGUCGAAACCCCGAUUGGACCUUUCAAAAACGAACGGUAUGGACUCAGAAUUAUUGGCCCACCAAGCACGAGCGGCGGUAGAUACCCUCACCGCACAACUCCGCUCCCUAGAGAACGAGCAAACAGCGCUCUUGCACUCGCUGCAAUUAACCUCCACAACGCUUUCCACCCUACCCGCUUACAACUCUAUCGCUCCAACCUUCUCUCAGAUCCCCUUGUACGAGUCGAAAUUGGCCCGUCUCAAGAGCGCAAUGGCGGCGCAAGCGCAGGAGGUCGACGAGUUGAAGCGGCGGGCGAGGGAGGCCAAUGAGCGCCGGCGGAGGAACCUCAAACGGAUCGAGGAGGCGAGGAGGGGGGAGCGGGAGCGGGACAGGACGGUGCUGAAGGCUCAGGCUCGGGCCGUGGAAGGUGAGGAGAAUGGUAAUAAUAAGGAGAGGGAUGACGGAGAGGCUGUGGCGGAGGGGGAGGUCAAACGAGCAGGUACGCCGGUGAGGGGACAACCAAGGGAAGGGGUUGUCAAGACAGUCAAGAGGAAGAAGAGAGCCCGGCAAGUGGAGAUUCAGUAAACUUGUUCCCCCUCAAAUAUUGUUGAUACCGUUGGCUUGAGAUGAUUCGGUUUGUUUUUUGCUUGGUUUUUUUUUUGUUUUAUUAUUAUUACCCCCUUUUUGUUCUUACCAUCUUUCCCUGUGACAAUAGCUUCCUUCCUUCGCAGCGGAGGCCUGCCGCAACUAUUCGUCUCCUAUCGCGAAUAGCGCACUAUGCUUCACAAUAUAUCACUCGAAAUGGAA